CAGUUUCCUGGAAGCACGUUGUCAGCAAUAACAACCCAAGAUUACUGACUAACCUACUAUAAAUAGAACUUUUACGCAUGCUGUCAAGGUUUAGUAUAUAAGGUAAGUCUUAUUAGUCACAGUUACACAGGUAUAAAGUCAGGCUUCACCAUGGCAGAAGCAAACAGUCCGUCUACCUCUGAUUGUGAAAACACCGAAGUUCCACAGGAAGAUUCCACAACAAUGGCUGAGACAAAUUGUCCGACUGGCAUGGACCGAUUUCUGCAGAAAACCAGAAGCGACCUCAUGUACGAGCUCAGACAGAUUCAACAUGGAGAGCGCCCAGUCAGUGGCCAGAAUCGGCGAGAAAACAUCAACCAGUUUUUCGCCAAGCACCUUGAGGCACCUGCUGGGAGUGAAGGGAAAGAAAACGUCCCCGCCAAUGUUGACGCUGUUGAAGAGCACAGACCAGAGUCAGUCGUCGUUGAAGUUGAGGGUUUGUUCGAACAACGGCGCGUGUCGUCAGUGUUGCAGUCAACAGCAUUCAGGCGAUCUUUGGAAAGAAUAAUUCGAGGGAGCAUCACAACAGCAUCCCAAAGACCCCAAGCCACCCCAUCUCGUUCUGCCACCCCCUCUCGUUCUGCCACCCCCUCUCAUCUCCCCCCACAUCGUAGAACAAGCAGGGGACAAGAACAGAGUUCAGAGAACGGUCCAUCUACAGCAUCUACAGAUCAGGAUUCAAGAGUUCCAUCACCUCCCGAGAUGAGGCUUACACCCCCCGCUGCCUCACCAACCAGCCAGCCGACGGGCAUUGUUGCUCCUAAUGAGAUGCCCACAUGGCAGAGUAUCUCGGAGAUCCAUCAUGAAGAGAUCGUCCAGGAGAUCAGUCAGCUCCUUCAUAGACGACUUGUGUCCUCGACACUGGAUGGGGAGUUCCGUGGAACUCUGGAAGUGCAAAUGCAGAACCACGUGGAUUCAUCGGGAGGAAAUGGGGAGGCCGUGGCCCAGGCCGUCCGCAGUCUGCCCAACCCCGGUGUCAUCCGCAAUGACUUCAGCCAUCUUGGUCUUGGGCAGGAUUUGUUUGAGGACAACAUUUCCGUCACCAGCAUCAGUGCCACGGCUGUUCCAUACACACAGAGCAACCUACAUCUAAGCAGAGAGAUCUCAAGUCUCAAGUCUCAGAUGGAGGAGAUGAAAAACAUGCUGAAACUCUCCUUUGACCUUCAACUUGACAUACAGAGGGCAAUCAGACAGGAAGUCGCUGCUGCUGUAUCCCAGGCAACAGGAGCUACAGCUGCCCCCCCUGCAACAGCCACACUGUCCCACCCCGUCAGUGACACCCACUGUUUGAUCUGCCUGGAGAACCACAGCGAUACUGUACUCUACCAGUGUGGACACAUGUGCCUGUGUUACGCCUGUGGUAAACAUCUGAUGUCCCAGAGCGGCAAGUGCCCCGUGUGCCGAGCACCAAUCAAAGACAUCAUCCGCGCUUACAAGUGCAACACUGAGUGAAACUGACGUUCUUUUUUACUGGAACCUUGUCAAGCGAACAUUUCAGAAUACAGAAUAUCGCUGUUUGAACAAAUAUUUAGCCCACCUGAGCUAAUGACAUGGCAUAUCAUCGAUUUUUAACUUGCGUAAAGCUUACGAUACCCAAACUUAAAUUGGAUGAUUCAAAUAUGGUGGCUACCUAAUUCUGAUUCAAGUUAAGACAUGACCAGUCUUUUGUUGCCUAGUCUGGUUAACAGCUUGUCCACAUACUCCAACUAAAUUUCCUUUUGUUGCAUGAUUCAUGUUGCUUUUAAGCUCAUAUUCACUGGAUACAUUUUCUUUUGUAAAUACUCACCCCAGUCAAUUCAUCAACAAGAUCAUCAAAGAAUUACCUUCAUCAAGUUUUGAAGAUCAGAUGGUAACAGAAUCCCAGUACAUGCUGUUGGUCUUGACUGUGUUGGUCUUAGCAGGUCAGAUAACCCCUGACUGUGUUGGUCUUAUCAGGUCAGAUAACCCCUGACUGUGUUGGUCUUAUCAGGUCAGAUAACCCCUGACUGUGUUGGUCUUAUCAGGUCAGAUAACCCCUGACUGUGUUGGUCUUAUCAGGUCAGAUAACCCCUGACUGUGUUGGUCUUAUCAGGUCAGAUAACCCCUGACUGUGUUGGUCUUAUCAGGUCAGAUAACCCCUGACUGUGUUGGUCUUAUCAGGUCAUAACCCCUGACUGUGUUGGUCUUAGCAGGUCAGAUAACCCCUGACUGUGUUGGUCUUAUCAGGUCAGAUAACCCCUGACUGUGUUGGUCUUAGCAGGUCAGAUAACCCCUGACUGUGUUGGUCUUAUCAGGUCAGAUAACCCCUGACUGUGUUGGUCUUAGCAGGUCAGAUAACCCCUGACUGUGUUGGUCUUAGCAGGUCAGAUAACCCCUGACUGUGUUGGUCUUAGCAGGUCCAGAUAACCCCUGACAGUGUUGGUCAUUGUCCAUGCUUUCAGACACUAGUUUUCCUGGUCGGGACACUUUUUUAUAUUCGGCAAUCAUAUAGCUCGGACAGUGCUGCCUGGUGAUAUAGUACAUUAACUCACUCACUCUACUAUAGCUCAACCAAGUGCAGACCAGCAGGUCAGUGUUUAAAAUGGUGAUAUUCUGCUGCUCAAGUCAAGAGAUAGCUGGCUAUCGUGACAUUUUUGUAAAUAAUCACACAAGUUGUCAUUUAUUUGUUUUAUGUAUAUAUAUGUACAUUUAUAUUUCUCACAAUAAAGUCACAUUCUAUAA